AUGGGGAACCUUUUUGAAAAUUUUGUCCAUGACAUGGGGGGGGCCCCUUCAUCAUCUGGGCCCUUUUUUUUUUUCCCGGGUUUGACGGGCCGGGCUCCGCGGGAAAAGAAGAGGGGGUGUGUGCCGGGGGGAAAGACCAACCAGACCGAGUGCUUCAACUACAUUCGUUUCCUGCAAAGCUACAACCACACACACCUCUACACCUGCGGCACCUACGCCUUCCAGCAAUGCACCUACGUGAACGCAGACUAUUUUACCCUCAACACUGCUGCCCUGGAAGAUGGGAAGGGUAAAUGUCCAUAUGACCCUGCCAAGGGGCAUACUGGCCUGAUAGUGGAUAAGGAGCUGUACUCGGCAACGCUCAACAACUUCCUGGGUACAGAGCCAGUCAUUCUGAGGAACCUGGGCCAACAGCACUACAGCAUGAAGAGCGAAUACCUGCCUGCCUGGCUCAAUGAGCCAGACUUUGUGGGUUCUGCCCUUGUGAGGGAGAGCAGCGGCACUAAAGAGGGGGACGACGACAAGAUCUACUUCUUCUUCAGUGAGCGAGCGCUGGAGCUGGACUGUGACACGGAGCUCACUGUGGCCAGAGUGGCCCGGGUCUGCAAGGGGGAUCUGGGUGGUACCAGGACCCUGCAGAAGAAGUGGACCACUUUCCAGAAAGCCCGGCUGGAGUGCUCUCUACCUGAGCGCCAUGUCUCCUUCAACAACCUGAGGGCCGUCUUCACGCUGCCGGGCCAGGACUGGCGGGGCACCAGCUUCUUUGGCAUCUUCCACGCCCAGUGGGGCGACGUAGACGUGUCGGCCGUGUGCCAGUACCAGAUCAGCGACGUGAAGAAGGUGUUUGAAGGAUCCUACAAAGAGUACAGGGAGGCAUCUCAAAGGUGGGGGCGCUACACCGGUGCUGUCCCCGUCCCGCGGCCUGGAUCGUGUAUAACUAACUCAGACAGGGAGAAUGGCUACAACAGUUCUCUGCAGCUGCCUGAUGCCACACUCAACUUUGCCAAGAAGCACCCACUGAUGGAGGACAAAGCUCUGGCUCGCCCCCUGCUGCUCUCCAAGGGUGUCAACUUCACACGGCUGGCGGUGGACCGGGUUAGCUCCCUGGACCAGCGGGCGUACAACAUGCUCUUCAUCGGCACAGCGGAGGGCUGGCUGCAGCGGGUGGUGGUCCUGGGCUCCGAGGCCCACGUCAUAGAGGAGAUCCAGCUGUUUGAGACCGCCCAGCCAGUGGACAGCCUGACCAUCUCACACUCCAAGAAGUACUUGUACAUCGGUUCUCGUUCGGAGGUUCUCCAGCUGCCCCUGGCCAACUGCAGCCGCUAUCAGUCCCAGCCAGACUGUCUGCUCGCCCGCGACCCCUACUGCGCCUGGGACAGCGAGGGGCGGGCCUGUGUUCGCAUCGACCUGCACCGCGGGUCUACUUCAUCCCUGUCACAGGACCUCAUGCUGGAAAGGUUCAGCCGGGGGAAAGCCAAGUUUGAUAAGCCUGUCUCCAUCCCCAGCCCUGAGCACUCCCGUCUGAGGAACGUGACAGUGGUGGUGGGGUCUGACAUGGUGCUGCCUUGCCAGCUGGUCUCCAACCUGGCUCAGCCCUGCUGGGUUUUCAACGAACGUGAGCUCCAGCUGGGUGACCCCGAAGCAGGAGGGCCACACUUCGACCGCACCCUCAAAGCACUCGUCAUCCCCGAAGCGGGCCAGAUGCAAGCGGGCCGCUACAUCUGCUACUCUGAGGAGCAGGGGGUGAAGUUUCAGACAGAGCGCUACCAGGUGGCCGUGGUAGCCAGCGCUCCAGUCUUCAUGGAGGCCCGGGCUCCAGACAGCAGCAUGGGGCUCUUCUGGGUGCUGGUCAUCACCCUGGGAGCGGCGUGCCUGCUGCUCCUUGUGGCUGCUCUUUACUUGCGCAGGAGGCUAAAGCUGGCCCUGGGAAAGGGAGCCGACAUGAAGCCUCUGGAGAGCACCCUGGUCUACCCCAUCACCCUGCCCAAGGAGCCGCCCACCUUUGUGCCCAGCAAGAUGCCCAGCGACGAGGACCGCUUCUGGGAGACGGGCGCCAACUACUACUACUCGGACGGCUCGCUGAAGAUCGUUCCCGGCCACGCCCUGGGGCCCAGCAGCGUCAGCAGCACGGCGUCGCCCAGCGCCAUUCCUGGGCAGCCCAUCCACUCCCCCAGCCGUCUCAGCCUCACCAACAUUCGAGGCUCCGGUAGCAACGGCUACAUCCGCCUCAACCUGAGCACAGCAGGGGAGGAGAGGGCUAGCGGGGCUGGCGCUGGGGGCGGCGGGCUGGGAGGCCUGGGCAUGGGCGGGAACGACUACUCCAGCCCCUUCAAGGAAGAGCUGAGACGCACGCUGCAGCAGAGAAGCGUGCUGCCCGACGCCAACCCUGAGGAGUCAUCGGUCUAGGCCUGUCCUCCUCCGUCUCCAUUCCCUGAGUUGGAAAAACAAAACAACCGACCUACCUCCCUCCUUUUGAGGAUGCCUGCUCUCUCUCUCUCUCUUUCGGUGACACGCUGUCAAUUCCCCCAUACUCUCUCUCGCUCUGCCAAUGCCUGUUUGGCUCACUGUUGACAUUUACAGCCCACAGCAUGUUAAAUAUACACACUCAUACACUUUGUUCGCCAACAUGCACUCCUAUAAUAAUUAUGUUCUGGGCAACAUGCAGUCAUGGCCAUGGCUUUUUCUGCUUCUACUGUGCAAUCGCCAGUCAUGUAAAUUGUGUAUUUAAAAAGGCUGAACGCAGGGGAGAACACCUCAAGCAUGGAAAUCAAACAAAUGGCGUUACGUGUUUUCUGAAGGGCACAUUUCUUUUACGUUGGGUGGACCAAGAGGGUUUUAACCCCCCUGAGCUGAAACCAGUUGACAAACGGCAAGUGCAGCCAACUGGAAAUGUUGAACUGAACUGCUGUCCUUCUGUUUCUUUUGGGACUUUUUUCAGCUUAUUGCACUUAAAAACUGGAAGCGUGUCUUCCCUUUUUUGUAUUUGUGAGCCAAGAGUAUGAGAGCGGUAUGAAGAGACUAAUUAAUCUCGAAGCAAGACGACAAUCACAUCCCCGUAGCAGGAGCUCUGCGAGGGACAGAGAGGACGGGAGAGAGAGCGAGAGACAAAGAGAGAGGAAAUUAAAUAGAAAAAUGAAGUGAUUUGGAGUAAAAGACGCAAGGUUUUUUUUGAAUGAAGGACAACCUCUCAAGACUUUCUCUGCUCAAUUUGUAUUUUUUUUCAUUGUAUUUACCCCUGGAGGACGUCCUUGAUCCCUUCUACUUUCAUCUGUUUUGAUGGUUGGUUUGAAUUAAGGCAUUUCUCGUUCUUUUUCUACGUCUUACCGACUGCAGCAGUGUUCAAAACGGUUAUCAAGUGACUAAUGGCUGCCUUCUGUGAAUGACAAUGCGAGGGCGAGCGCUUGCAUCCAAACGCACCUUCAAGUCCAAUAUACUACAAGUGCACUCCACGCGACAUUUAUUAGAGUCAAAGUGUGUGACAGAUAUGUGUUUUGGCUGAGCCCUUUUGGAUGUUUAUUCAUCUCUGCAGAAAGAAAAGGCCAUUUGCAUUCAGCUCUUAGCAGCCGAACAAUAACUGCACACUUAAUUCCAAAUUGAAGCUGACAUGAAGACAUUAGGCAUGGAGAAUGUAGUUGAACCCUCACUGUUGUGACCGCUGUGGAUGUCUCAAUAAGUGCUUUAUAUCGUAUGUGUAUGGUGAGGGUGCCAAGAAGGAAACUACCCCUCCCACACACACAUACAUACACACACACUCACACACCCACAGUCCUCUGAAUGCCAACCAUCCUGGACCACAGUGUGUUUGUGACGCGUCCAUUAAAACCCCAGAAACCCCUCCUUCUUUACCGAUGCCCAGAGACUGACCCGGGGCUACUGUGGACUUGUACAGAGGAAGAGCACUGUAAAACCCACCAACACAAAAAGAACACACACUCACACACAGUGUUAAUGGAAGAAUGGACAGACAGAUUUCUGCCGUGCUGACAAACUGCUGGCUCCGGGCAGAAAGCAGCCAUAAACUAGUGAAAGGGGUGUUUGUUGUAUGGACGUGUCUGUCUGGAGCAGAGGAGCACAGCAAGAAGCAAGGGGAGGACAAAAAUACUUUGUUUUGCCCCCCCUGUGUACAGUGCGCUGAGAGAGAUGUACUGUAGAAUAUCAAAAUGAUCCCAAGGUUGAAGAGGUACUCAGCCAUCAGCACUCCAUCCUAGUGUUGCAUGAUCCUCUGCAAGUGAUCCGUACAUCUUCCAUAUGAUCAUCCUUGUACUAGUGCAUCAUUUUGAUCGGCCAUUUUUGGACUUUUACAGACCCUCAUAGUGUGGAACAAUAAUGCUUUCUUUGAGAACUUGUCUGGUGUUCUGGUUCAAGGGUUGUACAGGACUUCGUGGCUGCAUUUCAACAUGUUUACUUUUUCUGUGCCUCUUCACCUUUUGGAUAAGCCAAAGUAGACUGCAAUUGGUUUUUGUUCUUGUUGAAAUAAUUCAGUUCAUUUUUAUUUGAUUCCAGAUCGAUAUUUAAGUCUCGCAGUCCGUCCACUUUGCUACUCUGAGCUGAUGUCUGCAACAUUUCUGUAUGUUUUAUCUGCAGUUAAAUUUUCCCUCAAGCAAAACAGCUUGAGGCUAAUGGACUUCCUGUCCGCUUCCUGUUUAUACGUCAGUAGUAAUCUGCUGGGCCCAAAUCUUUAUUCCCUCACUUAUGGAAGGCAGAGUAAUGUACCAAAACUUUAACCUUUAUUUAAUUUGUCAGCCCCUGAAAACCAAAUAUUUAUCUGCUGAUUUGAAGCAGAUCAGUGAUAGAAUGUGCCCACUUUAUAUUAUUACACCCCCUGGAGCAGAUAGCUAAAACGUAUUAGCUUUUUACACUAGUACUUGGUUAAGUCUUAAUAUAUUUCCAUUUUACAAUUAGGUUUUUUAUUUAAUUUAA